AUGGCAGAUCCUCUGAGCAUCACAGCUUCUUUGCUGGCUAUAUCUACAGCAGCCGUUCAGACCACCAAGGCGCUUUGUGAGACAGUAAAACGAUACAGAGGUCGAGACAAGACUCUGCGCAGACUACAAGACGAACUCGAUGACUUAACAAGAAUCCUGGAAGCACUGACGAGAGUGACUGCGGCUGAUGAGUCGCUGUCGGCGCUUCUCCAGGGUCCUGUUGGACGAUGUACUCAGAUAUGCCACGACUUCGAGUUGUCGAUGGAACGUUUCGCCGGGAAAUCGAAGACCGGCUUCAAGGACUGGACCAAAUUGGAAUUCAUGAGGGGUGAUAUUAACGAGUUUAUCGAGACAAUCUCUGGCUUAAAAUCGACCAUUGCUGUCGGGGUGGGCACAGUAACAAUGAACACUGCCAAAAUCUCUCAGCAGGUUCUUCUGGAGUAUAACGAGAUGAUUCAAGACACGGUUUAUAAUCUGGAACUUCAUCUACAGCGAGUCGACGACAAAAUGACGAACCUCACUACCGGACAUCGGAGUGAAGAGAGAAUUCCGGUAGACCUGAAAGACGAGAAAGAAGUCACGAGACAAUGUCUUCGGGUCUGUGAAGAGGCUAAGAUAUACAUUCAAAAGCUAUCCACUGGCGCAUCGUCUCUUCUGGAUGGCGAAUCUCGAGGUGCUGCUCGGGAACCGCUACACGAAGCGCAGAUAAAGACUCGUCAGACGCUUUACGAAACCCAAGAAAACUUCGCGCAGACUUUUGGCCACCUUUCAAGGCGUCUUGAGGCCCUCAUCCAAAACCAGUCGCCUGAUGACGAUGAUGAAAGGUCAAAGCUGGAAAAAGAUAUCCAGACUUCAAAGCAGUGUCUCGAUGUUUGUAAUAUCGCUACUGAGAUCACGCGUCAGAAGGUAUACAAGAUCGGAGAGGUGAUUGCCGAUGGGAACAGUGAUCAAGUUGUAGUGACCACUUUGGCGGAUCUAUUCGACAUCGGCAAGGCGACAUCCAAGGACAGCUCAGCACAACUGCUUGGUUCCAUGUCGGAGGAGGCGUUGCGGCAUCUGGCCGACCAGCGGUACAGCAGUCGUUUCGGAGCUGUAGUGACCAAUUCUUUAUCCGAAGUUCACACCACGCGAUCGCAACCUGCCUCCGAGAAGUCGAAUAAGGUGGAAUCUCAAUCAAAGGCUGGCGAUCAGGAGCGACUUCCGCGAAAAGAUCCAAGGUCAAAAAAGCCAUCCAGUAAUGAAAUUAGGAAACGAACGCCGGGCGAAGAUACAGUAGCAUCCGACUAG